AAUAUUGCGAGCAGCGAGAUUGAGUUUAGCAGAGCGAUGCAGCUACUAUGCAACUACUCCCUAGCGGAGCAGGUGCAAGAUGUUAGGAGCUACGCAGCACAUCCAGUAGUACAUAAGUGGGCACAUCACUCGCAAGGCAAACGCUUCGCAACAGAGCUAAGUCAACUAGCAGUGGUUGCUGUUAGUCAGGCUGUGCCGGAGAGCGAAACCCAAGACUCCUUCGCCCUACAACGGCGACUUCUUCCACACGCGCAGGCUUACUCUAGCCAGAUAGUCAAGAGCGAGACACAAAAGACUCUUCUCGAUACUAUGCAUCUCCUAGGCCUUCUCUAUGCGAAACAAGGCAAGCUAAGCGAAGCAGAGCAAAUGUACGAGCGAGCACUGCGAGGAAAAGAGGAGAAAUUAGGCCCGAAGCACUUAUCAACAUUGGCCACGGUACGCAACAUUAGUAUGCUCUUUAAAGAGCAAGGCAGAUUUAUAGAGGCUAAGCAGAUGUUAAAGCGGGCCCUGGAAAAGUAUAAGGUCUUGGAACCUAGGAACUUAUUAACAUUUAAAACAGUGGCCAACCUAGGCCUUUUAUAUAAAGAAUAUAGUAGACUUACAGACGCAGAGCGGAUGUACAUAGAAGCACUACAAGGAUUUAAACAGGUACUAGGAUUCAACCACAAAACGACACUACGAACAGCCAACAAUCUAGGCAUUCUCUACAAGAUCCAAGGCAGGCUAGCAGAUGCAGAAUGGAUACUCAAACAGGUGCUAAAGAGAAAGGAAGAUGCUCUAGGAUCUAAGCACCUAUCAACACUCCAAACAAUUGAUAGCCUUAGUGUCGUCUACAUAAACCAAGGCAAUUUAACGAAGGCAGAAGAGCUUUACGAAAAGGCGCUUAAUAGGAAAGAGAAGGUCUUAGGAUCUAAGCAUCAUUUGGCGUUACAGACUGUCGGCAAUCUAGGCAAUCUCUAUCAUUGUCAAGGUAGGCUGGUAGAUGCAGAGAAGAUGUUAGAGCGCGCGCUGCAAGGGUACAAGGAUGCUCUCAGUCACAAGCAUCCGUUAACACUAAAUACAAUUAACAAUCUUGACGUUCUCUACAAGGACCAAGGCAAGCUAGCAGAGUCCAAGAUACUGUUAGACCAAGCAUUGCAUUAG